AUGUCAUCCUCUUCCUUCACUCAAAUUAGGUCGCAAGCGCUCAACUUGGAGAAACAAACAGAAUCGUUAUUAGCCAAAUACUCGCAGUUCCAAACCCAGUUAUCACAAUCAUUGGAGAGCACUCCUGAGGAGGAAUCAAUUAAGCAACAAAUCACCGAUAUAUUAUCCAAACGAGAUGCCAUCAUUGCCAAACUCAACCGAAUUAGUGAAUCAUCAACUACUGAAUUGAGUACUUCGAAAUUACAACAAAUUACUCGUCACGAACAGAUUUUACAUGAUCACAAAAAUUCAUUCAAUCGUAUUGAUUCUACGCUAACUGAAGAACGAAAUCGCAACAACUUGCUAUUCACUGUGCAGUCAGAUAUUUCCAAUCACAAGAGACGUAACGGUCCUGCGAACGCAUUGGAUACGGACCCUGAUUCGUACAUUCUUGAAGAAAGCCAACGUGCAGACAAUGUCAAUUCAAUAGCUGAUAGGUUGUUACAGAGUGCAUACAAUACUCGUGAUGAGUUGGCUAACCAACGUCAGUACUUGCAAAAUGCUCAACUGACGAUAUUGGGCACGAUUCAAAGUGUUCCUGGUAUAAAUGUGCUUAUUCUGAAGAUUAACUCCAGGAGGAAAAGAGAUACUUUGAUCUUGGCCACUAUCAUUGCUGUAUGUAUAUUGCUUUUAUUCUUUGUAUAG